CCAAGGCUCUCUCUCUCUCUUCUAGGCUACGAGCCCACCGACGGCGUAGUUUGCUUGGAUUUAAGAACAUCCAACGCCCCCCUUUGGAUGCCUACCUGCCUAGAUAAUACGAGUGAAUCAUUGCGAAUGGGAUCGUUUCUGCCAAGUAGUCAACACCAGGCAACGAUGCCUAUUAUUCUGAGACGUUGUCAUAAUCCAAAGGGUAUAUUAUGAGGGAUUUCGUCUUAGCGUUAAAUACGAUAUUGGUGAAAAACAAACAAACAAAAAAAAAAAAAAACGGUGCACGACUCGUGCUUAUUUUUUGUAUCACCAGCACUAAUUAUCCCACCCUCUUGAGCCGGGCUUUCCGAGGAUAUUCUCACGAUGGCUGAGAGCACCAACAGCGAUAGUGAUGAAAAUCCAUUCACUACGCUGUUAAGUCAGCCCAACCUAACUGCGAAGUUGGCUGUCCUGCAGCCGGCUAAAGAGUGGGAUGCACUUAUCGAACUCACCCUCACAGAAGUGCUCUUGAAGGAUACGUCGUACGAAUGCAUUUCGUACGACCGUUCCUCAAAGACGGCUUCCGCUGCUAAUAAUAUCGUGGCUAUUAAACUCGACGGCGAGGAUUAUGAUAUCCCCAAACAACUCGAAAGCGCACUUCGCGCGUUCCGGCGUAAAGAGCGGACGCGCAUCUUAUGGGCCGAUGUUCUAGCAGGGCGUACACCCGAAGAACGCAAUGCACAAACCGACGUCCAGCGGCAAAUCCUCGAGAAAGCAGAUCGCACGCUAUGUUGGCUGGGUCCCGAAAAAAGCGACUCGAUGGCUCUAGCCUUCGAGACUAUUACUGAGAUGGGGCGGCGUUUUACUGAUGCAUGUCGGCAAGUCGGACUAGGUCCGAAUGAUCGGAUCACGCGGGCGACUAUGCAGCAAAUGGCCGGUAUACGCGAUCGGUUGGUUAAUUGUGCGUUUGAUGAUUUGCAUUCUUUCAACUUUAAGCUGUGGCGUGAGAUCGGCAAUGUCUUCGGCGCGCCGUAUUGGGGGUCUGUACAGGCUGUUUCAGAUAUUGUGCUCGCGCGGUGUCCGAUCGUGGUCCAGGGCCGUGGGAGCAUCCAUUGGCAUACGUAUAUCGCGGCUGGGCGGGCGAUGCCUUUGUUCAAUACUAAGUUCUUCGGCGUCCCGCUGCUACCGCAUGUGCAUAAGGGUCUGGAAGUUGCGAAUGAACUUGAGAUCGCGGAGUUUAGGAGACGGGUGGGUGAGUCGGUGGAACUUAUGCCUAUGGUACAGACGGCAAGGAUGUGCGAGCCUUUGGAUUCUAGAGAGACGGUUUUUUCGAUGUUGUUGAUUGCGACGCCCUCUGCGAGGAUCAGGUAUCAUAAAAUGGGCCCGCGACCUUUGCCGACGGUAGAUCAUACGAUGACCCCGGAGCAGAUAUUUAUUGAAGUUGCGCGGUACUCGAUUUUGGAACGACAGGAUUUAAUGCUUUGGUUCGCUGACCGUCCACCUUGCGCCAAGCGGUUGAAGGGAUUGCCGAGUUGGGUUCCUGAUUAUAGCGCCAUCCCGCCGAAAGUUGGUACUUUGUUUAAUCCGAAUGCUGGCAUGCGAGCUUGGUGGGGUCCGGGAGGUCCUGAGAGACCGAUAGCUAUAUCGGAGGACAACAAGCUGCAUCUUCAGGCACGGCCUCUCGACCGUAUCGUACAUGUCUCACAUGUCUUUAACGCGGGUAACGCUCGACGACUGUGUCUCUCUGAAUUUCAAAAACUUCCUCCCGACCUGUCUCCAUCCGAAAGCCCUGCUCAAGUAGCUGAACGAUUCUGGCGUACACUCAUUUUAAAUGCAGGUGGCACCAAACCUGGCACUGCAUCGUUCCGGGAAACCGCCGUGCCCGCGGUCUCAUUCGGUGUGCAUUUCGAUAGUUUACUUGCGGAGGAAGCUAUGUUUAAAGCCCUAGAUUGCACCAUGACCGAUCUUCAAACACCUGAAAAUGCAGAACGCAUUCGGAGUUCACCGGAACUACUAGCGCUUGUCCCACGAUGCGGAAAGGCGCAGCCAUACGAAGACAUCCUAGUCAAGCACGCAGCAGGACGACGGUUUUUCCGCACCGCGACAGGUAGAUUUGGUAUGACCGCUAUCGAAGACGUGGUGGCCGCUGAUAACGAUAUCAAAGAUGAAGACUCAGGGUUGGAGCUGCCGGGGGAUUCCGCGUCAAUGGUAGCGAAUGCCAGAGGCGCGGAUUUGGGGCGGAGAAUGCGUGAUCCGCUAGGCCGAAUGAUGAUGCAGGAUUUCCAGCGAUAUCUAAAUGAGCGCGAUCCGGAGAGGGCGCGCGCGGCAGCGAAAGCUAUGCGAGGUAUAAUUCCGGGGAUCAAUGAAGAUGAGCAGGUGCGUACUGAUAGCGGCGUGCGGGAGGGUGAUAUUGUAGUAGCUUGUGUUGGCGGGUUCUUCCCGUAUGUUUUUCGACCACAUGCAAGACCGGAAGAAGAAACGAGAGAAGAACCCGAGGAAGACUCGUCGGAGUACGAGUUUGUAGGCGAGUGUUAUUUGCACAAGGCUAUGGACGGUGAAGAUUUCCAAAGCAGGAAUAUCUUCGGGCAGAAAUACUUGCGUAUUGAUCCAUCGCAGAUUGUUGAUAUUACGAUUGUAUGAAUAAUAGGAAGAGAGAAGAGAAGAGGUUGGCGUUGGUGCUAGUAAUUGUGUUCAUGGCGCAAAAAGUCGGUGCACAAACUCAAAGGGGAGGGAACUUUGGACUCGAGUACCUACAUAAAGCAAACUUACAACAUGAUUUAUCGUAGCCCGCGUAGCUCAAUGGUUAGAGCGUGUGACUUUUAUUAGCUUUCAGUUAAUGAAAGGCCAUCCCAAGGUUGUGAGUUCGAGUCUCACCGUGGGCGAUUAUUUUUUGUCUUUGUUCUCCCCAGCUUCCCCGACCGCAACUAUCCCAAUUCAAGUAUUCUAUAUUGCAUUAUACAAGCCUUCAACGUUCAAACG